AUGAGUGUGAUAGGCAGGUUCUUGUAUUACUUGAGGUCCGUGUUGGUCGUACUGGCGCUUGCAGGCUGUGGCCUUUACGGUGUAAUCGCCUCUAUCCUUUGCACGUUAAUUGGUAAGCAACAUUUGGCACAGUGGAUUACUGCGCGUUGUUUUUACCAUGUCAUGAAAUUGAUGCUCGGCCUUGACGUCAAGGUCGUGGGCGAGGAGAAUUUGGUCAAGAAGCCAUAUAUUAUGAUUGCCAAUCAUCAAUCCACCUUGGAUAUCUUCAUGUUAGGUAGGAUUUUCCCCCCUGGUUGCACGGUUACUGCCAAAAAGUCUUUGAAGUACGUCCCGUUUCUGGGCUGGUUCAUGGCUUUGAGUGGUACAUAUUUCUUAGACAGAUCUAAAAGGCAAGAAGCCAUCGAAACCCUGAAUAAAGGUUUGGAAAGUGUUAAGAAAAACAAGCGUGCACUAUGGGUUUUUCCUGAAGGUACCAGGUCUUACACGAGUGAACUGACAAUGUUGCCUUUCAAGAAGGGUGCUUUCCAUCUGGCACAACAGGGCAAGAUCCCCAUUGUUCCAGUGGUUGUUUCCAAUACCAGUACUUUAGUGAGUCCUAAAUAUGGGGUCUUCAACAGGGGCUGUAUGAUUGUUAAAAUCUUGAAACCUAUUUCAACUGAGAAUUUAGAAAAGGAAAAAAUUGGCGAAUUUGCUGAAAAGGUUAGAGAUCAAAUGGUUAAAACUUUGAAGGAAAUCGGCUACUCCCCCGCUGUCAACGAUACAACCCUACCACCACAAGCUAUUGAGUACGCUGCUCUUCAGCAUGACGAAAAAGCUAACAAGAAAAUCAAGGAUGAUCCUGUGCCUUCUGUUAGCAUUAGCAACGAUGUCAAUACACAUAACGAAGGGUCGUCCGUAAAGAAGAUACAUUAA